AUUCAACCGACUCCGCGCGACGGUCAUACUAAUUGCAGCAAAAAAACAAAAAACAAUGCAGACGCACACGCGAGAGUAAAAUGGAGUAUCCACAAAUUGAUUUAUACGAAUUCCUCACUGAGUCCGAACUGCAGCAGUACUACAAUGCCGUCAAAAACGAAUUGAAAAUAACGAACGCGGCCCAGUUCAAGUAUGCGGCGGACGAGGAUUUACGUUUCAUUGGGCUCUCGCGCCCGGAAAUCCGGAGGCUGCGAAAGUUUUACGAGAAGCACUUCCCCCACAGCUACCUCAGCAAGAUCAAGCGUCUGCUGCAGGCGCCCGGGACAAUGGUAAAGCGGGAGGAAGUGCCCGGCGGCGGAGGUCAAGUGGCGCUCGAUGGCAGUGGUGCCUCCGCCUGCUCCUCGCUGGCCGCCAAGAACGGAGCCAGUUCGCCGGGCAAAGUGCCCAACAACAAGCACAUCAUUCCGGCGGACUCCAUCAGUGUGAACAAGCAGCUGGGCACUGGCGAGUUUGGAAUCGUCCAGCAGGGUGUCUGGUCCAAUGGUAGCGAGAGAAUCCAAGUUGCCAUCAAAUGCCUUUGCCGGGAGCGCAUGCAGUCGAAUCCCAUGGAAUUCCUCAAGGAGGCGGCCAUUAUGCAUUCCAUUGAGCACGAGAAUAUUGUACGGCUGUACGGCGUCGUUCUGGCCACAGACUCGCUCAUGCUGGUCACCGAGCUGGCUCAUCUGCGCUCGCUGCUAGAGUGCCUCAAGGACUCGGGGCUGCGCGUCAGCUUUCUCACAAUCCCCACGCUCUGUGAAUUCGCCCUGCAGAUCUGCAAUGGAAUGCGAUACCUGGAGCAGAAGCGCCUCAUCCACAGAGACCUGGCGGCACGGAAUAUCCUAGUGUUCAGCAAGGACAAGGUCAAGAUCUCCGACUUCGGACUGUCCCGUGCGCUGGGCGUGGGCAAGGACUACUACAAGACCAACUUCAAUGUGAACUUAAAGCUGCCGAUCGCGUGGUGUGCGCCCGAGUGCAUCAACUAUCUGCGCUUCACUAACGCCUCCGAUGUGUGGGCCUUUGGGGUCUGCCUGUGGGAAAUGUUCUCGUAUGGCUUCCAGCCCUGGGCGGCACUGACCGGCCUGCAGAUCCUCGAGGCCAUCGAUUCACCCAACUACCAGCGACUGGAGCAGCCCGACUGCUGUCCCAGCGAGUAUUACACGCUCAUGAUGAAGUGCUGGCAGGAUGAUGCUGCCAAGCGACCGCGUUUCGGUGAGAUCUACGACCAGCUGCCAGAUAUGAAGCCGGAGCAGUUAAAGGCGGUGGUGAAUUGUGCAGAGCCCAAGAAAGACCAUCUCCUGUAUCGCCAGGGCGAUAUUAUAAGUGUUCUCGACCGCAACACGGGCACGCCCUUUUGGAAAGGAGUGCUGAGCACUGGCAAGACGGGCUACUUCAACCCCUCCAACACGGUGGCCUUCCUCGAGGGCCUGCCCAGCUCCAGUCGCGAUUCAUUUAGUCGGGUAAGUGACCACAGGAUCAGCAAGCGCAAACUUCGUACUGAGAUGAUUUCGAAGCCACAGAACGAUUUUAAGCACACCGGCCACGUCGGAAUCGACGGAGCCACCUUUGGUGAUAUCGCCUUUCUGGGAAGUUCGCAGAAUUACAAUCACGUGCCCAAGCAAAUAGUAACGCCCUACAAACCCUCGGAGGACAUUGAGCAAACACCUCUUCUACUGCCGCCGACGCCCACGAGUCCGGACUCGCUGCAGACGGCCAGUGGAUAUUUCCCAGAGGGUGCCAGCAGCGAAGGCGCCAUGGGCACCUCUAUGAACCCCACAUUCAUUCCAUCUGCCGAGCACACUCCCAAGCUGAUAGCCACGAACGGCCAGAGCUCAUUCGACUUCGCCAGCGGGUCAACCAACCCUUUUUUUCUCAACCGGGGAGAUAAUGAGAUGGAGUUUGGGAUGCAGAACAAUAACUACGGCGUGGAUGGAAAGAGUAUUCAUUCGGGUGAGGCGAGCUGGCGCCCCACUUCUCGAAGCAUUGUGGAUGAUCCUCACGAAUAUCACGAGAUAUCAGAUGACGAGAUCAUGGCCGAUAAGCUGGACUUUGGGCCUUCGCUGCUGGACGAGAUUAACUCAAUGAUUGGAUCGUUUAGAGGGGCUUCCGGCAGCCACCCCAAAUCGCCGGGGUUUGAUCAUGUGAACAGCAAGAACGAGUUUGCGGAAAUGUCUGCCAAGCUGGGCCGAAAGAGUGGUGACACCAAUGGCAACAAGCAUGGCCAUGGACUUCUGCCAACGCUCUCAAAAAAGAAGUCGACGGGGACUUUAAAGCCCAUUUCUGUAAAAGACGAGAAGAUGCUGGACCAUGCCAUCUUGAUCGCCAACGAGAUUAGUGCCAGAUCGAUGAUUGAUCUGGUCUCUGAUCAGACACCCGCCAUCCACAGCCCCAAGCGCAAAUUCAGCUUCAGGUUUCCGCAUUUGAGUAACAAUGGUGGUGGUGACAAGUCCGGUGGUCUGGGUGCCAGCGGUUCCGGCCACACUCCCACCCAUGGCAACGCCUCGCCUUUUUCCAAAAAGAAAAACUUCACCGAGGAGCUGCAAAGCAUUCCGGACAUACAGCGUUUCCGCUCUCUGAGCGAGAUCAAAAACAGCACUGAUCUACGCGUGCCCAUCUUCGACAAGGAGAGCUCCGACUUCCUGUUCCAAAAGUCGCGUGAGAUCCUCAGCAGGCCGUUGAAUCUGGAGCGAGAGCGGGCGGCGGAUCAGCCGCCAAAAAGCAUCGACGACAACAUUAUGGACAUAGAGAACACACUCAAAGCGCUCAACCUGGACUUCAUGCACACGUACACGGAAUUGGACAAGAGCGACUCCAAUGAUACGAUCCUCAACGACCAGCUGCCGCAGCUGGUCAGUCUGGACGAUGGGAUCAGUAGUGCCACCGGCAGCCUCAAGUCGGCGGUCUACAGCUACAGCAAUGGUGUACAGACCAUGUUCGAUUUCAAUGCGGCCACCAGUCACCUGGACAAGCAUCUGCAGUACAUGCACAACCAGGCCCAGCUGAGCGCCGCUGCUCCGGUGGAUCCCAAGCCUAUGGAGGACAAGCGCUCGAGCACUCCGGACACGGGAUUCGCAUCGCGGGACACCAACAUUUCGCUUUCGCGACGCAGCAGCCAGAAGUCCAGCUACAGUCCCCAGGAGAGCUUUCAUUUCCCGCUCAAGGGCGAGGCCCUGUUCAGCGCUCCUCCAGUGGUCAUGUCAGGUGGUUAUGCCAGUCUAAAGGAUGAGCUCGGGUACGAGCGCUUUGGAAAUGGGGCGACCAAGCAGAUGCUUGCCAGCGCCUCGCCCAUCAAGUCUGGAGCGGGAUUAAAUGCCAGCAGUGGGUCCGUUUACAUGGGAUCAAAGGGAUAUCGUCAGCGCUCGACAUCCUUCAACGAGAGUUUCCAUCCCAUUUCACCGGUUCUCUCGGAGCCGCCGCAGCGGGAAAGGGGUGUUAUCCAGCGGCAGGUGAGGCUGGAGCAUCAGCCGCCUUUGCCACGUCGCUCCGCCUCGUAUAAACCCCGCUCCAUCAGAGCACGCACUCUAAGGAGGUUGAGCUACAAUCCCAUGACCCUGGAUUCGAGUUCCUCCAGCGGCGAGGAGCCUGUCAAGCCCAGUUUGGCCCGCUCCGAGUGCGACAUUCGGGCCAGAGUGGCGGCCAGCUCGAAUUCCUCUUUGGGGAGACGUCGUCGGGCCGGCAUGAAUCGCCAGGUGCAGUCAGCCUGCCAUGACGAGCGAGAGGCCAUUAUAUCCCCUCGUCAAAUCUACGGCUCCAAUUCGAGCAUCAAAUCGGCGCCCCACUACAAUUUUGGAGGUCAACGGCGCAGUUUCCACAGGGGAGGAACUGGCAUGAUGGGCGGUGGCUACGAGCAGUUCCAGUACGACGAGCGCAUUUACGAUUUUGGUGGACGUGGCCCAGGCAACAAUUACAAUAUGGCACAUGCGAGUUAUCUGAGCUCGUGUCAAAAGCCCAGUUAUCUUUUGAAUGGAGCUGAUUUGCCCGGAUCCGGCUCGGGAUCCUCUUCGGCUGCCUCGUCGGCAGUCCAAGCCACCUACAGGACAGCUACCGGUCCCCCAAUACAACGACCAAUGAGUGGUGGAGCUGCGCUCCAUGAAUUCGACAUUAGUCGACUCACGGGAAAGAGUCCCACGUCCACCAAUUUCGUGGGAAGUUCGCCGGAAGAGUUGAAGCAGCGCCAGCUUUCGGUGGGCUCUCUUCUGGCUCCCACUAACAAGAUGGCAAAGCCACAGCGACCCACGGAGUUCCAUUGGCCGGAGAAGAUACACGCAUCGGCGGUAAAGCAGCACGAGAUGCACUGGCGACAGAUGCAACAGCACCAGCAGCAGCCGCUAUCCACAGCCACGAUUAUCAGUUCAGCGGGCGCAGGAGCAGUGGCCACCAGGAGAUCCAGUGAUAGCUCCUCCUCAUCCAGCACCGAGAGUGGGGAUGAGUUCCAGUUCCGCCGCGAGUUCGUGGCGCCUCGAAUUCCGCCUAGCCCGGCUCCAUAACUAAGGAAAAUGCUGAAAUACGUUCUCAAUUUACUGUUCGGCAAUGUGUUGUCCGAUUAGAGGCGAGGGGCAGAUGGGAAUUGGAUCCGGAUAGCUGGGCGGUGUUGUGUUUGUGCUACUGUCUGUGUGUGAGGGAGAAGCGAGGAGGGUUGGCGUCGAAGAGUAAAUUGAAGAAGUAUUUACAGCGAAUAGAUAAUAUAUUUUUUGGAUUUGAAUUUUUUGAAGCGAGAUGAGAGUGUGCCUUAUAGGAAAACACCGAAGACCUCUCAGAACAGAUAAUAAUGAUGUGCAGAUCAGCUGCACAGCUUCCAAAUCAUUGCAUCAUUUCAUCAACUGCUCAUUGUCAUCAGCUCAACUCUACUUUUCCUUUUUCUUAUUCGACUAAAAUUGCCGGAAUAGGUAAACAUACGUACUUUUUAUGACGAAUGUAAUCAAAUCAGAGUUAUGAAUUUAAAUUAAAAACCUUAUUCCAUCAAAUUUAAUCGAAAUCAAAAAAAGGGAAUUGGAAUGAAAUUUUCUCUACAUCUCUCAAACAACAAAAAAUACUCUAUUCAGUAGCCUAAAGUCAAUAUACAAAACGUUUCUUCAACUUUUCACUACAACAAACAUAUAUUACAAAGAUAAUGGCUUCCAAACGGAAUAGAAAAUGUUCAAUAAAUUUUUUAAACAAAACCCAACAAGAGCUUGGUUGUCGGAAACAGUAUUUCAAGGCACACGACAAACACAAACACUCACACUUAUUGAGGGGACUCCAAUUAGACAGGGUAUUACCUAUUGCCAGUGGGAACUGAAACUUUAGAGCUCACGUCGGUAAUUAUAAGUCACACACAGACACAGGAAAACAACCAGACAGACAGACAUCCACACAAAACUGUUGACAAUCUUCAGAACUUGUCCACAUCAAAAGACAUUCGUCGGAGCAAGAAUCCCGUACGGAUUAUGUGCCAUAUCCUGACGCUUGCAUUUUUUAUGAAACCAAAGCUAAAGCGAAACCAAAAACAAAAACGAAACCAAACGAGUUAAACGAUACCGAAACCAAGAGAAGCAUUUAAGCUCACUUCAACUAGAGUGUCGAACCCUUAAGUAUCUGUAAGAUUGGAGAUUGAAGAGUUAAGUAUUGGCCUACUAAGCAAAACGAAACCGAAAGCAAAACUAAAAUUUAACUUUAAUUGAAUUGCCGACGGCUGCAAAGUGUCGAACAUUUUUGAUAACCUCACUAAGAAUAUAUUAUAUGGAUUAUACUUACUAAAAGAUUUUCGCAUUCUAUGCAUUUAUGGAUAAACUCAAAUUGAAAAAUAUGAUAUACAGAUUAUAUAUACACCUACUUAAAUCUAAAUCAACCUAAUUAUAUGUAUACAAGUAUAAAGGCGUAUGCGGUAAUGUAAGCAUUACGGAACAUGAUAUUCUAAACUAUGCGUUUGAAGCGUUUCAACCCAGAGAACAUUAAACUAAAUGAAAACCAAAAUUUACUCGAGUAUUAUACAAGAAACCCUAAAAACUAAACUAAAUUCAACUAAGCAACAACUAUUUAAAGAAAAGCGAAGAGUUUGCAUUCUAAGAACCGAACAAGUAAUUGGUAAUCAAAAACAAAGAAAAUGUUGUGCAUAUUUAAAGGGAUUUAAUAAAGACAAACUAAUUCUGAAUUUGAAUUUGGGGCCUGGUUUUUAAGAUCGAUUAAAUUAAUAGUCAUGUUAAUUCCUGGCACCAUUUUAUUUAUUAUUAUUAUUUUGUACCCCAACAUUUUCAUUUUGUACAAUUUCAUUUCCAUUCAUUUUAUUCCUACCCCGUCCCACAGUCGCUGAUCGGCAAGGAGGGACUGGAGGCCUA